GGAAAGUCAAAUGUGUCAUAAAUAAUCUGACUGUUAUUGAGAAACAAAGUUAUAUGUGUCAAACGAACAGCAUAGAUUGUGGUGUGCUCACUUGUCUAAAUGCUGCAUUUCAAGUAGGAAUGAGGCCUAAACAUAUACUUCCAAUAAGUGGUACACAAAUGGUUAGGCAAUGGAUACUAAAUGAAAUAGGAAAGAGUAUAAGUUCUGGCUUGCUAGGUGAAAAUAUUACUUGUGAAGAAAAUAUGGAAAUAAUGAAGAAAGAAAUAGCUGCUACUCAAUAUAUUUAUACUGAAAAUGAUGAGACUUUCGACACAUGUGAUGACCUUAGCAAGGAUGAAGAUACUGACAGUGAUACACAAAGCUCUGACAUAGAUGCAGAUGAAUUAAACAGACAAUUCAGUAACAUAGGAUCUAUGGAUAUUUCAGAAGUUCUUAUUCCAGACUAUGUCAAUUCACCUCCCCCUGUUAAAGAUACAGAGGAAAUACUUUAUGGAAUAAGCUCACAUUGGGGAAAACAGUACUUUCUUGAUCACUAUCCAAUAAUAGAUCGUACUAAAUCUGAUGAGUAUGUUAUUUUAUACAGUAUUUAA